GUGUGCUACUGGUUUAUACCGGUGUGUUACUGGUUUAUACUGGUGUAUUACUGGUUCAUACCGGCGUAUACUGGUUUAUGCCGGUGUGUUACUGGUUUAUACCAGUGUGUUACUGGUUCAUACCAGUGUAUACUGGUUUAUACUGGUUUGUACUGGUCCAUACUGGUGUGCAAUCCCAGGACUCCCCCCCGUUCGCGGUGGAGCUGCCGCGGGGCCCGGGCGGGUUCGGCUUCAGCCUCCGGGGGGGCCCCGCCGGGGUUUUCGUGCGGGGGCUGCGCGAGGGGGGCCCGGCCCAGCGCUGCGGCUGCAUCCAGGUCCUGUGCCUGCUGACCCUGGUGUGCUUCGGGGCGUCGCGCUCGGGCUACCUGGGGCUGGCGGCGGUGGAGCUGGUGUUCGCUGCGCUGGUGCUGCUGGCCUGGAGCUGCCGCCUGCCGCCCCGCAUGCAGCUGCUGCACUGGGGCUGGAGCGACUUCACACGCUGCGUCAUCGGAGCUGUGCUCUUCCUCAUCACCUCCCUCAUCGUCCUCGUCAGCCACCACAACGGCGCCGGCAUCGCGGGAGGGGUGUUCGGGAUCCUGGCCGGGAUCCUGCUGGGAUAUGACGCCUACAUCACCUUCCCCCUACGGCAGAGCCACACCGCCGCCCCCACUGAUGCCCCAGACGGUGCCUGAACAAGCCAAGAACCCCAACGGAGACCUCCCCAAACCUCCCCCCGCACAGGGGGACCCCCAGCCUUAAAUUAUUGAGGGGUCCCGACGCCUGGGUCCCCCCGGGGGGGGCAGGGGUAGAUCUGGGGGUCCCUCAGGGGUUGCCCCUCCCUCAAACGCCUUUGCAAGUGCCUUGAACUGCCCGUGCCUCAGUUUCCCCCUGGGGAGACCCCCUCAGGUUUAAAGGUGCCCUUGCCCCUCACGGGUUUUGGGGUGCCCGCCUCAGUUUCUGGGGUGCCUCCGUUAGUUUGUGGGGUGCUCCCCCCCCUGCCACCCCCGCACUCCCCCAGCCUGCAGGAGGCUUUUGGGGGCAAUAUAUUGGGAAAUAAAGGGUUUUUAUUACUGCA